UCAACAUCGUCACAUGUUCGCGCAUCUCUCGAAUGUGAACGAGAAGGCCGGAGCAGUGUGAGUGUGAGCAGCGCGUUAUUGUUAGUACAGCUCGAUGUACGUAUGCGUUACAGUCUACGUACGUGUAAAAGUCCAGUGCCAAACGUGAGUUAAAACUGCGUAAUUUAGUGGUGUUCUGAAAACGCGAAAAGAAAGUGUCAGAUUCGUGUCCGCAAAUUUAAAAUCCUCAGUCCAACUUUGGAUACGUGACUCAGUGUCGAGACACAGUAUUCCAUUUUGUAUUUUAAUAUUAUACGUGCGGUUAAAGGACAACAGCGAGUGACGUAGCAGUGCGUUUGAUCAUAAUACAACAGCAUCGGGACCGGGGCAGCGCGCUUAUCACAACAAGAGCUGAUAAGGGCAGUUCGCGUCAGGCCACCUUCGACCCGAUGGUUGUGUGUGCAGUUUAAGGCCACCGGCACAUAGACUAGCGUAAUAUUUCUUCUUCAUUCUCCAGUGCUAGAGACACAUUGCAGUAACAUGGAUCGUGUUUUCGAGUGCGAAAAUUUCGAACCUGAAACGCGCGCGCGUUCCAACACGUGGCCGUUACGACAGCCAGAGAAACCCGAAUCGCCCUCAGCCAUCCCCGAUGAUUAUGGAGCAACCGCAAGUCCGCAGCCUGCCCGCAAAUCGUCCCACAGGCGGAACGCGUGGGGUAAUAUGAGCUAUGCAGAACUUAUAACCCACGCAAUUACCUCGUCCCCCGACAAACGCAGAACGCUGAGCGAUAUCUACGAGUGGAUGGUCGCCAAUGUUCCCUACUUUCGUGACAAGGGUGACAGUAAUAGUUCGGCCGGUUGGAAGAACUCUGUAAGGCACAAUUUGUCGCUUCACAAUCGUUUUAUGCGUGUCCAGAACGAAACUCCCGGAAAGUCGUCCUGGUGGAUGAUUAAUCCCGAUCCAAAACCUGGAAAGACCGCUAGACGUAGAGCUGCUUCAAUGGAAACAAGUAAAUCGGACAAGCGAAGGGAUAGGAUCAAAAAAAAGAUAGAAGCGCUUCGAAACGGACUCCCUGAAGGAACGACCAGCCCUUCUUCUAGAAGUUUCGAUUUGAACAACGACUUUGAACCCUACAACUAUCCGUACAGGAAACAACCUCUUGCCACCCAACACGAAGUUGGAAUGGAAUUGGAUUGGCCAAAAGCCGUCGAUUCUUACAGGAUUCCUACACCCGAAGACGGCUUCAAAUCGAACGUAAAAGAAGAAAUGUCCGAUCCUUACAUGUCCUGUUUGCCUCACCAGAACCAAAAACUACCGCCAUUUUCAACUACGUACGAAGUUAAUCUUAAUUUGCUGCCGAAGAACUGCGGCUCGUAUCAAAAUUACCCUAUUUCCUAUCCUUUGGAUGACUACGGCAGAUCAUCGCAGUGUAAAACAGAAAAGUGUUCGCCUCCGAGGUCCCCAAUGUUGUCCUCUAAUAAUAUUUUAGAAUCGAAUCCCAUUCUUCGGGAUCGUCUUCUGGACGUGUCGCCUCCCUAUACUGCGAUGGGCCAGUUUAUGGAAGCUUUAAAUCAAAACGUGUUUGUCGACAGUUUUCAACAAAAUGGGAACGCUGUUUUACCUCAAGACGGUUGCUACGAUAACGAACUUAUAAAACAGGAACCCGGAAUGGAAGAAACGAUGGAGAUCCAGCAUAUUCAGAAGACCAAUGAAAUUCCAACUACGUCUACGCCCAUAGAACCGUUGUUUAUGAGCCAAUAUCGCAAUUUUGUUUUGACUUAACUAGUAGCAACAUUGUUUUCAUAUUAUACAAAUAAAUUUUUUUUCUUAAUCGUCGGCGCGUGAACUUUUGACAUCACAUCUGUUGACGGUGUUCUUCUGUUGUAAUGCGAUUAUGCCCGAGAGUGAAAAAGAAAUGAUCGUACUACUACUGUAAUAAUUUUCAGUUUUUGGUCGUCUCACUAAUUUGCUGGAAUUCUGGCCUUGACAUUUAUUUUAUUGCAUUUCUUUUAAACUCGGCUACGAUUUAUGUUGUUUUAAGAAAUAAAUUUUAUCAUUUGUGAAUGUGAAAUCUUGAACUGUUUAGUUAAAUUAUUAUUGGUUUUCACGUUGCUUAAUACGUGCGUCGCAAUUUAGUUAAUUUCACUCUGUAUAUAUAUAUAUACACGUACGCGAUGUUUUAUCAGAAACGGAAAAAUACUUAUCUUACUUCGAGAAAUCCGCUACUCGUUCAACAGGUUUUCUUUUAUUGUUUAUGUCUUAUGUUAGGAUAAUUUCAUGAUUUUUAUGUCAACAUAUACAGAUGUGUUUAUAACGAAAUAUACAGGGAGUUUAUUUAAUUUUCUUCCGUUAAUUUCUAAAUAUAUUUUAUUGUGAAUUAUUGAAAAUCAAUUCCAAAUUUAAUUUUUGUGAUGCUUCAGUACUUUAUAAGAAGUGAACACCCUGUAUAUCGACGGUGAAACAUCCAAUGAGAAACAAUUGUAUAUAGCAAAAGUAAUCGACUAUUUUCGAUAUUGAAAAUAUACUGUUGGAAUGGUUACCAAAUGUUGAUAGAGAACGUUAAGUUUGUAAUUGUUUAUGAUGUUUGUUACUAUUUUGUCUAGUUUUUAGUUUAAUUUAGUUUAGUUUAAUGUGCAAUUCUGAACACUGGUACAAAUGAAAAUUAGAACCGAAACUCUGUGACUGCAUGUACAAAUUUAAGAAUAUGUAUUGUUUUGUACUUUAACUUCGUCAGAAAAUAAAGCACAAUUCAACAUA